GCUCCACCCCCAUGCGUCGCGAGCAGAAACAGGAAGUAGGGUUGCAAACUGAGGAGCCAGGUGUGCCGAGUGCUGAGGAUUACCGCUAGGCUUCAGUCGCCCUGCCAUUCAUCCUGUGCACCUGCCUCGGGCCGUCGCCUUCUGAGAAAAAUCGUGGAAUCAUGUCGAAUAUGACAUGACUGUUAAUGAGGUAAAAUGUUUAAUGCCAGCCCUCCAAACUAAGCUUAUGUUUUCAGAACACUUAUUUAACUUGAAGUUUGCUGCAAAAGAACUUAAUAGGAAUGCCAAAAAAUGUGAUAAAGAAGAAAAGGCUGAGAAGGCCAAGAUUAAAAAGGCCAUUCAGAAAGGCAAUACUGAAGUUGCGAGAAUACAUGCUGAAAAUGCAAUCCGCCAGAAAAACCAAGCAAUCAAUUUCUUGAGAAUGAGUGCUAGGGUUGAUGCUGUGGCAGCCAGAGUUCAAACUGCAGUAACAAUGGGCAAGGUAACAAAAUCCAUGGCAGGUGUAGUUAAGUCUAUGGAUGCUACAUUGGGAAGUAUGAACCUUUUGAACCUUGAAAAGAUUUCUGCCUUGAUGGACAAAUUUGAACACCAGUUUGAAACACUGGAUGUUCAAACACAGCAAAUGGAAGACACAAUGAGUAGCACUACAACCUUAACAACACCAGAAAAUCAAGUAGAUAUGCUGCUUCAGGAGAUGGCAGAUGAAGCUGGCCUUGAUCUCAAUUUGGAACUACCGCAGGGUCAAACAGGAUCUGUUGGCACAAGUGUUACUUCGACAGAACAGGAUGAACUAUCACAGAGACUUGCUCGUCUUCGUGAUCAAGUGUAAUUCAAAGAACUGGUGCUUCUGUUUGCUUCACUUGCUUAUGAAAUGUUCUUUGUGUGUAUAGAUAGAUAAAUUGCACUCCAAUUAACACUAAAAGCAGUAUAUAUUCCAGAAUGAUUAAACAUUAAUUGUAAGUAAUGUUUUCUUUUGCCUCUAAUACAUUAAGAAAUUCCAAGAAAUUUCCACCUUGACAGAUUUUAUAGUUCCGUAUACUAUGUGUAAAAGUGUGAAGGACAUAUUUUUAUAGAUGUCUUUGUCAGAUCUAGAUUUAGCUUCUUUAUUGAACAUCUUCUUCAGAAGUGGAUCAGAAAUUUAGUACCAAAGUGCUAGUGAGAGUAAAGAACUUUAGGCAGAAUAAAUUAUACCAUAAAGAUUUUUUUUCUAAUUUAAAGUAAUUUUUAAUUUCUGCAGUGAUGUGAUACAUGAAAAUAAUAGCAGGGAAAGCAUGUUUACAUAGCCAGAAACACCUCAUUUGGUAUCAAACAAUGGACAAUGCCAUUUUGUAUGUUUCAUGUUUGUUUUUGUUAUCUAGGCAGAAAUG